CGUACUGUAUAUGUAUAUUUUUUAGCCCGAACACACCUAUAGACAAAGAAUUAUACCAUGUAAACAAAAAUUGUAUCAAUAUACUAUACAAUUCAUUCAUAAAUCAGCUCGUCGACCGGCAAACAAUUUUCAAAAUGUUGUCUUUGGGGCCUAAAAUGGACGGCAGUCCGAAUACUAAAUAUUUUGAAUGCAAUGAAACUUUGGCGGCUUUAGAGGGUGUUCGUUUAUGGUUACAGAAAAAUGGAAAAAAGUAUGUGUCAUCAGAUCCUUUAACAAAUAGGGUGAUAGCUGCCCUAACGAUUCAACUCAUGCAGUUUCAAGAAGACUUCCUAGGAAAGAACUCGCAAAAGCCCUUAAUGACUAGGAUACCAGUUAGAUAUUUCCUUGAUUUCAAGCCUGGUGGUGGACUGUGUCAUUUACUUUUAGCUGCAUACAGAUUUAAAUGUGAACAUGGAUGGAGAAAGUUCGAGUUGCCUACAGGAAAGACUAAUUCUAAUAAAGUAGAAAGAGUAUUUGACAUGUUCCAAGCCAUGGAGAAAACACUGAUUCAAAACAAACUGUAUACACCACCAAUUGUUUACAUAAAACCUGACAUUGAUAAGUCAAUAACUCAAAAAAUUAAGGAAAUUGUGCGCAAACGUAACGGCCAGAUAGUGGAGUCAGAAGAGAACGCUACUCACAUAGUCUAUGGCCCAACAGAUCCUCUAAAAGAGGAAUACGCCAGGCCCUUAUUUAAAAGGGACAAAAACUUGAUGAUGCACUGGUACUACUUUCCUAGCUCGUUCGACUCUUGGAUAAACGUCGAAGCGAAUGGUUUGGACUCGAUAAUUAUCGAGCCCAUGAGCCCCCACAUUGGCCCAUGGAGGAUAACCUACCUGUGGGUGUAUGAGACUGAUCAGUACAACGAAUGGAUGGCUGAAGAGGACUAUGAAGUUGACGAAAUGGGCAAAAAGAAAAUACAUCCACAAAGGAUGUCAGUUGAAGACCUGAUGAACCCCGAUAAGAAAAAACAAAAAAGGAAGAGAUCACCAUCUCCUCCUUCCAAGGCUGGCAAGCGCAAAAGCGGCCGAAGCCCAGCCAUCUGCAAGAAAUCGAAGCCGGACGAUGAAGCUGAAGACUUGACGAAAGACAUGGAAGACCCCAUACCGGAACCCAACAUUGUGGAAGUAAAUCCCGCCGCUCCAAAUCAAAUUCUCACUAAAAAAGAUCACGAACUUCAACCACUGAAAGGUGGCUCAUUGAUUGAGUUAGACGAGACUGAUGAUAAAGGCGAAGACUCACAGACUGCUAAAAGUGACAGUAACACCCAAGAUGAUGGACAAGAAGAUAAUGUCACUGAACAAACUCACCACAUAAUAAUUCCAUCAUACUCCUCUUGGUUCGAUUAUAACGCCAUCCACGAGGUGGAGAAACGAGCAAUGCCUGAAUUCUUUAAUGGUAAGAAUAAGUCGAAAACUCCCGAGAUAUAUUUAGCAUAUAGGAACUUCAUGUUGGACACAUACAGAUUAAAUCCUACUGAAUACAUCACUAGUACAGCCUGCAGAAGAAAUUUAGCAGGUGAUGUUUGUGCUAUUAUGAGGGUGCACGCAUUUUUGGAACAAUGGGGCCUAAUUAACUAUCAAGUAGACACAGAGUCAAGACCUACACCCAUGGGACCACCCCCAACAUCACACUUCCACAUCUUAUCAGAUACACCUUCAGGUUUGCAGCCUGUUAAUCCUCCAAAAACACCACAACCAAGCGCAGCUAAAACAUUGCUGGACUUGGACAAAUCCCAAGACAUCAAAAAGCCAGAGCCAGGUGAACUUUCUACGUUUGGAUUGAAGCUUGAUCAAUACGCUAAGAAACCAGCGGCACUAAGAAACAAAAGUGCUGCUUCAUUAACAAGAGAUUGGACUGAACAAGAAACUUUGCUUCUCUUAGAGGGAUUAGAAAUGUACAAAGAUGAUUGGAAUAAGGUUUGUGAACAUGUAGGUUCUAGGACACAGGAUGAGUGUAUCCUUCAUUUCCUGAGAUUACCAAUUGAAGACCCCUAUCUGGAAGACCCAGAAGCAGGCAGUGCCCUCGGUCCUCUAGCGUAUCAACCGAUACCAUUCAGUAAAGCUGGUAAUCCAAUAAUGUCAACAGUUGCUUUUCUUGCCUCAAUCGUUGACCCUAGGGUCGCAGCUGCUGCAGCCAAGUCGGCAAUGACUGAAUUUGCCAAUAUCAAAGACGAAGUUCCAGCUUCGGUGAUGGACGCACAUUUAAAAAAUGUCGAGGCUUCGUCCAUUGAGGGGAAGUUUGAUGCGACAGCAAACCUUUCACUCACAGGGAUAGCUGGCACAAUUCCGGAUAAAGAUGAGGAGAUCAAGAAGGAAAUGGAGAUUAAAGAAGAAAAGGAUGAUAAAAAGUUGGAUGACGCUGUUAAAGCAGAACCAUCAGAGGACAAAGAUAAAUCCAACGAUGACUUAAAAGGAGACAAAGGAAUUAAAGAAAGCGAUAUGCAGAGUGCCGCUGCUGCCGCCUUGGCCGCCGCCGCCGUAAAAGCCAAACACUUGGCGGCAGUAGAAGAAAGAAAGAUUAAAUCUUUGGUGGCCUUGCUGGUGGAAACUCAAAUGAAAAAGCUCGAGAUCAAAUUGAGGCAUUUUGAAGAGCUGGAAACCACCAUGGAGAAAGAAAGAGAAGGUCUGGAAUAUCAGAGACAACAGCUAAUAACUGAAAGGCAACAAUUCCAUUUGGAGCAGCUGAAGGCCGCCGAAUUUAGGGCUCGGCAACAAGCCCACCAACGAUUGCAGGUGGAACAAGGAAACUGGCCGGCACAAGGUCAGAGCGUGAGUCAUUCAUCGGCCUCAUCCGAAAGUGGCCCGAGCACAACUCCAACUCCGCCUUCACCGCAGGCCGCAGCCGUCAACUCCCCGGCUGCGCCUCACCACCACAUUUAAUAUAUAGAUGACCUUUUCUUUUAGUUCGACUCUCAGUAGCUACAGUUGCAAAGCCAUUUGAACUGUAUGCUAUUGACAUUCAUUUCACAUUCAGUUCGAACGUUUUCGAUGUGGUAAAUAUUAUAUUAUUGUGAUUUUUAAUGUGUUUACGAAGCUGCAGAUUAAUGCAAUUUUAAAUUAAGUUAUUUCUAAUGUAAAAUAUAUUUUCGUGAUAAUGUACGUUAGUAGGUAGGUAGGUAGGUUCUAAAAUUGUAGAUCGCGGAUCACAUUUUAUAAUAAUUUUUUAUUUAUAUUUUAUCGGGAUCAUUUUUUAUUUUUUUUUUAUCAUAUUUUCACCUGAUGGUUAACAAAUGAGAAUUUUUACAAUAUUAAUCCAACAAAAGUAGUAUAUUAAGAAGUCAGGUGUACAAUUUUAUAUAGGACAUCUUAUUCUCUUAAUUUUCUUGUGAUCUUUUAAAGAUAGUAGACAAUGGAAACUGAUGAGGUAAUGGUUCUUUGAUUGCCAUAGUCAAAGGUUAUAUUCGAGCUCAAAUGAAAUAAGUGUAACAUCAGAGAUGACUAGCCAUAACACCAACUAUCUAGAGAUAUACAGAAAUAUGUUGUCUCUGAUACUAUCCUUAUGUUACAUGGAAACUUAUGAUAUACAUAAAAUUUAUGUCAAUGACAGUCCCAGAAAUGUAACUUUCAUCAAAGCUUUCAAUUUUUAGACAUUAGAGAAUAAAAUUAACUCCCGAAGUUUUAGAAUUUUACUUUAUAUGUAUUUCCAUUACUGAAUAUUGAUCAAGUUUUCUAUCAAUAAUUGUAAAUACCUACGAAUUUCAGUGACUCAUUAUCUGAAAGUUACUUUAUCUUCAGUAACAUUAUUAUACAUUCGAUGCUUCUUCAAAACUUUUAUUAGUGAUAUACCUAUAUGCUUUUUUGCUCCACUUCAAAAUAUUUUGAAAGACAAAAUUUGAACCUGUUUUAAGGUAUAUUUAUAAAUUAUUAAAAAAUAGUCAUGAUCUAGCAAAAUCUAAACAAAAUAUUUAUUAUAAUAAAGAAUUACAGAACAAAAUCAUUUUGUUUUAUAUUGCCUUCAUUAAACAUUUUGGUGUUUUUAUGACAAUUAAACAAAUUUGAAAUUUAUCUGGAUCAAAUCUAAGAAAAAUACCAU